CGGCUCUUGGGAACGAACUCGAGCUACAGUAGCUUUUUCAUUUUUUCGGUCUUUGCUUUUCUUUCGAAAGGUAAGAGAAUAAGAUGGAGAUCUUCGGCGACGCUAAGACCACCGGUUUGGAGCAUUUGACUCUCGAGCAGAUGCUCGAGGACAACCUGCCCGAGCCAAUUCUGAAGGAGGUCAAGAGGAUCCUCUAUGGACGAGAAGUCGAACCCCUAGACCUGCCGAAAUUCGAAAAAGGCGUGAACUGCGAGAUCAAGGGCUACAAAAUGGGCGGCGCGAUCGUCGAGCAGCUGCGGCCGCCCCGCAUCGUCCGGGUGGCCAUCGUCCAGAAUACCAUCGUCCUGCCGACGACCGACCCGAUUCGCGACCAGAGGGAGGCCAUCCACAAGAAGCUCGCCAAGUACGUCGAGCACGCGGCCAGUUGCGGCGCCAACAUUAUCUGCCUCCAGGAGGGUUGGCCCAUGCCGUUCGCCUUCUGCACCCGCGAAAAGUACCCGUGGUGCGAGUUCGCCGAGGACGCGAUCACCGGCCCGACGACCGAGCUCAUGUCCGGCCUGGCCCGCAAGCACAACAUGGUGAUCGUCUCGCCGAUCCUCGAGCGCGACCAGACCAACGGCGACACCCUCUGGAACACGGCCGUGGUGAUCGGCACCGACGGCCGCGUCAUCGGCAAGCACAGAAAGAACCACAUCCCCAGGAAGAACGACUUCAACGAGUCGACCUACUACAUGGAGGGCAAUCUGGGCCACGCCGUCUUCGACACGCCCUUCGGCAAGAUCGCCAUCAACACGUGCUACGGCCGCCACCAUCCGCUCAACUGGCUCAUGUUCGCCCUGAACGGCGCCGAGAUCGUGUUCAAUCCGUCGGCGACCACCAAGACCCUGUCGGAGCCGAUGUGGGGCAUCGAGGCGCGCAACGCCGCCAUCGCCAACAGCUACUACACCUGCGCCAUCAAUCGGGUCGGCACCGAGGUCUUCCCCAACGCCUUCACCUCGGGCAACGGCCAGCCGGCCCACCACGACUUCGGCCACUUCUACGGCUCGAGCUACAUCGCCGCCCCGGACGGCACCCGCACCCCCGGCCUCAGCCGCUCCGAGGACGGCGUCUUGAUCGCCGAGAUCGAUCUCAAUCUCUGCAGGCAGAUCAAGGACUUCUGGGGUUUCAGGAUGACCUCCAGAUUGGACAUGUACGCCGAAAAAUUAGCCAAGGUUGUGCAGCCCGACUUCGAGCCCCAAAUCAUCAAACAAUAAACUGCAUCGCUCUUCGUUGGAAAUCAAUUUUGCUCUCGCAUUGUAAAAUAGACAAAAAUCAAGCAAACGCUUUUCAACG